AUGGCGUGGCUUCUGCGGCAGGACGUGUCCGCGUCGAGCUUUCCUUUUCUGAUUCAGCCGCCCCCGUUUUGCGAUUCGGCGCUGCGCAGUUUCCGAUUCGGCCUCUGGGCCUUCUGCGUCUGGAACGAGACUGGCGGGAACCUCCGCAUCGGCUGGUCCACCGCCGGGGCCAAGCUCGCCCUGGGCACGGAUCGCUUCUCCUGGGGCUUCGGCGGCACAGCCACGAAGUCCCACGCAGGGAACUUCGAAAAGUUCGGGCAAACCUUCGGCAAGGACGACGCCAUCACCUGCUGUUUGGAUCUCGAGAGGCGGGCGAUACUGUACUUCAAGAACGGCCGCGAGAUUCCUGGCGAUUGCUUCACCUUCGGGAAGGAGCUGUCGGGUGAGCCUCUCUUUCCCCAUGUUUACACCAAGGAAGCCACCUUCUCGAUCUCCUUCGACGGGAGCGGGGGCGCGCCACCACUGUCUGGUGGUUUCAAGUGGAUCGCCGAAGCUGGCAACUUGGUCCCCCACCACACCCGCGUGGCGGGGGCCGGUCCCGACCCUGCGGCUGCUGAGGAGUCCGGAGAUGGACCCAAGUUCGUGCUGACGCCGUAUGGCUGGAGGACAGUGGAGCAGGCGGGCGGCAUUACGCAGGAGUGGAGAACGUCCCUGGACGCCUACGUCAGGUUAGUGAGAGUGUUCCAGGAGUCUGUAGUGCUUUACGCCUGA